AUGGCGACCUCAACCAGCCUCAAGGAGCUUGAGGAUGACCCACGCCUCUUCCUCUACACUUCACUGACUGCCGGCUCCUCCCACAUCAUCACGGCAACGUCGCGCAUGGAAACGAUCCUCAAAGCCAACAGAAUCCCUUUCCAAGCGAUCGAUACCGCGACAGACACAAAAGCACGGCAACUGUGGCAACGAAGAGCAGGACAGAGGAAGCUACCGGGCUUGGUGAAAGAGGGGUUCGUUAUAGGUGAUCUGAACGAGGUCGAAGAGUGGAACGAGUUCGGCGAAUUGAAGGAGAACAUUGGAGAUGUCCCGGCCCAUAAUGCUGCAGUACCUGCUGGUAGUCAAGUUGGUGUUCAGAUUGCUGCUACCCUGAACACGAAACCCUCGAUUGGAGGUUCGGCGUCCAAGUCACCGGUCGUCAAUAAAGCACCACAACCUACCUUCGACAAGACGAAGGCGAUCGCUCUACCUGGAGCGGCAGAAAUCGCAGAGCGGAACAAGGCGAAGGCAGAGGCGGCGAAGGCAGAAGCGGCGAAGAGCCCCAGUCAGCUUGAAGCUAUUAACCCGGAGACAUUGGCCUCAAGCCCGGAAGAUAAGAAGGAGCAGCACAUGGAGAAGGCGAAGGAUAUCGGCAAGUCACACCCGAAUUUGGAUCACUUGUCGGCUCCAGCGUCAAGAAUACAGUCUGGGACUGCGACGCCGGCGCAGCAGGAGGGUAUGUCAGAAGGCGUGCUGCCUUUGACACAGGCUACUAAGGCAACUGAGAAGAGUGAGGACAGCAAGACUGUGGAGGAUACGAAGAAUGAUGAGGAGCAGUCUAAACCAGCGGCUGAGAAAAAGGCAGACGAGGGACUCAAAGUCCACUUCGAGAAGAAGAAAAAGCCCGCGGACGAGGUCAAGAAGGAUGAACCACAAGAUGUAAAGACGGAGGCCAUCGCAACGAAAGGCGUGGAGGAACUGAAGCUGGAUCAGAAGGAAGACAUGCCGAAACCACAAGAGGAGGCAGCGAAGCAAGAGGACAAUGUGGGAAAGUCGGUAGAGGACUAG